AUGGCUCAGGUUAUAUGGAAUGCGGAUAUCGAUGUAUACAAUCCGCAGGUAAUUCCGAGUCCAAUUGCCCGGAACGUCGCGAAGUACCUUUCAAUUCCGGAUUUGCUACUGUUUUCCAAGGUUUCCCGAAAUGCUUACAAGGCAGCCAAUGAUCCGCUCACAUGGAUCGCCCGAUUGAAGGCAAUGGAAUUAUGGGAUUCUGCCGAGAUACCACCGAAAGACAGACCUCUUAAGUCGUCAGAUUUUCACAAUUUGGACAAUCCACUAUUAUGCUUGGAUAAGAUAUAUAGAACAAGCAAAGGAGCCAAGAUACAAGUGCUAAAGAUCCACAAAUCACUUAGUCCGUACUAUAACGAUAUACAAUUGAACAAGCCUUAUGAUCGACUUCGAAUUUUCAAGGAUUUCCAGAGCCCCGAGGACCAGGCUAAGAUUCUUAGUAACUUGCUAGUAUAUAGCAAUAUUGAUUUCAAUGACGAUUCUCGAACUUUAGUUCAAGAAAAGAUCACAGCACUAUUUGAAAUCUUUGAAAAUGCGCUAUUGCGUGAAUUGGAGAUCCACUUUGAUCUUCAGGACUACGAAAAGACUAGACGGUUCAUGAAUAUCUUGAUAGACUUAAAGAACCAGCAGACAUUGAUAGACUUUUUCUUACAGAAGAGUAUUUUUGACAACGAAGAAAGUGAGAUUUUUAAUUUGGAGUCGUUUGAUACGACCAAGUAUUUCAUUUUGGAUCCCGAAGAUUUCCACCAAACGAGACAUAUUAUCAACGAGGAAGCAUUUACAGGACUAACACAAGAACUAGCCCAUGUAUUCAACGAGCAAUCGCAUAUUAUCGAUCUUAUAUUUCCCCAGACGGUUCCUAUGAUGUAUAAGGUCAGUGAAGAAUUAGUAUCUAACCAAUUGGCAGAAUUACUUUUGAUCUUGAUAGAGGGAUCCAAGAAGCCAGGACUCUAUUUGACUUUAGUUCCAUAUUUGUAUGAGAAAAUCACUAUUGAUUUCCUUAAGUUGCUCAACCCGAGCGAAAAUAUCGGUCCCAACUACAAUCACCUUCUCAAGGAGUUGAUAGAUAUGCUGUUUGAGUCUUUUGUAGUAGACUACACAAGAGAAGAGAUCCAAUACUUCAAAAAUACGACGAACGAUAAGCUUCUUGACUGGAAGAGAGAGAUAACCAAGAGAGAAGCAGAAACAACGAUGAAUAUCUUGAAACAUGUGAAAGCAGAAACGAAAAGCGAUUUCUUAACCAGUUUCAAGAAAGUGUUCACUAUCAGCAACUCCUCUGGAAGUAAAGAGGCUGAAAGUGAACAACAGAACUAUUCUGAAAUCCAGGCUAAAGCGAAGAUCUUAUCGGAGAACAUAAAGUCUCUUACGAAAAUUUUCAGUCCUGAGUUGAUUCUUGAGACAUUGAAUGACGCCAAGACGUCUCUACACAAGUUGCUCAAGUUCCGAGACUUUUCUAUUGCUUCGUUGAAGAAUGACAUUUUUGCGUCAAUGCAAGACAUUUUCAUCAAUGUUAUGGACACCAUUGGCAAUGAGCAUUUGAAACCAGGUUUCAAUAAAGGGUUGGAAUACUUACAAACAUACAAUCCCAGCUCAAAAACAUAUUCUGAAUCGCACAACGAAUCGUUUGUAGAGCCAUUGGUGUUGUUCUUUGAGUUGAUCAAUAUGGCUGAUCUCAUCAUCCAGAUGGUGGAUAUCUUUUACAAGGAAGAGAUGAUCAAGAAGAACAUUGUCAAACGAGAAAACUCCAUUCUCAAUCCCUCGUUGCAGAACAAAAAGAAACUUGAAGGAUUAGUGGAUAAGUACGUGGCUGAUGGACUAAAUGUAGGAGUAGAAGUCUUGGUAAACGAGAUAGACAAUGUGUUCAAGAACAACCAUACCAACGACUACAAUCCUUCUGCCGAUACUCCACCCAAUUUUGGCCCCACAGAAACAGCACACAAGGCAGUACAAAUUCUAGAAGAGAAUAUCGACUUGUUGGUAGAUAGCGCAGAUUCUUCGAUUGUUGAAGUUUUCCAGCAAGAAAUCGCAGAGAGAUUCUUUCAAGUAAUCGUGAAGAAUUUGAAGAAGAGUACCAUCUCCGUAGCCGGAGCUACCAACUUGAUAUCCGACAUCAAUUUGUACUAUGACUUCAUUAUAGCACAUAUCCGAUCCAACAAACGACUCAUUGUGCCAUUAUACCAGGCGUUGAAGAAGGUGGGCAACAUCUACUUGAUUGGCGGUGACGAUGCUAAAGCCAUAGGAAAGUUGGUCAGUGACUUGUCUAAGUUCAACGGUAUAUUCGGUCAGGAAGAGAUCUACGAGUUUGUACAGAGACGUCAAGACUGGCCCAUAAUCAAGAGACAUGUGGAGAAGGUAAUGUAUGGCUUUGGUCUUGGAGACUGUAGCAUUGUAUAG